UGAAGUGACUCAUAUCUCAGACCUUCAGAGCUCCUUCACUCACAGCUGCAUGAAGCUCCUACAACGUGUCAUGAAGUGAGCGCUGCCCCGCCCGAACGCUGUAUAGUCUCCCUGAUAAUACUUUAACUGAGUGAAUGUCCAGAGUAGGGACGGAUGGACUUUAUAAAUUUCUAAGAAGAUCAGUGAGGACGGCUCCUGCGCACCGGGAGACAGAAACUGAGAGGGACAGAUGGAGGCAGCGAGGGACGGACGGACAAGUGGACACUGAACGACUGAAGGAGUGCUCGUUCUUCUUACUGAAAAUGUCCACAUGCGUCACCAGGACACACAGGAGACAACAAACAGCAUCUGUGAAUUAAUUCAGACUGGGACUGCCAGUGCACCUGCACACACACACACACACACACACACACCGUGUGCACUCUAUGGUGAAGAAGGACAGCAUGUGACGUGAAGCACUGAUGCCAUGAUGACGGCGGUGCACCCGGCCGACGUGGGCGUGUCGUCGGCCGCGUGUCCCCAGCGUUACCCACGUGGCACCGGGCAUGACAGCUCGGACCUGUUCACGGAUGAUGAAGGCGUGCCGGAGCGUAGACUCACGCCGCUCGAGCAGCUCAACCUGGACAUGUGUCAGGACGACAGAGUGGUGCGCGAGAUCACCAUCGGCCGCCGCAUCGGCUUCUACAAGAUCCGUGGAGAGAUCGGCUGUGGGAACUUCUCUCACGUCAAACUCGGGGUCCAUGCACUCACCAAAGAUAAGGUGGCCAUUAAGAUCCUGGACAAGACCAAACUGGAUCAGAAGACCCAGAAGCUGCUGUCUCGGGAGAUCUCCAGCAUGGAGAAGCUCCACCAUCCCAACGUCAUCCGCCUGUAUGAGGUGGUGGAGACGCUGACGCGCCUGCACCUGGUGAUGGAGUACGCCGGAGGGGGCGAGCUCUACACCAAAAUCACCAUGGAGGGAAAACUGUCCGACAUCGACAGCAAAGUCGUCUACUCUCAGAUCCUCUCCGCCGUCAAGCACAUGCAUGACAACAACAUCAUCCACCGUGACCUAAAGGCUGAAAACGUCUUCUUUGCCAGCAGCAUGUGUGUGAAGGUGGGCGAUUUCGGGUUCAGCACGGUGAGCCGGCGUGACGAGACCCUCAGCACCUUGUGUGGAUCUCCGCCAUAUGCGGCGCCUGAGCUGUUCCGCGACGAGCGCUACGUGGGCAUGUAUGUGGAUGUCUGGGCUCUUGGUGUGAUGUUGUUCUUCAUGGUGUCGGGCACCAUGCCGUUCCGCGCCGACACCGUGGCUAAGCUGAAGCGCUGUAUCCUGGACGGAGUGUUCUCGGUGCCGGCGUGGGUUCCUGAGCCGUGCAAGCUUCUGAUCCACGGCAUCCUGAAGCCGCAGCCGUCUGAACGCUGCAACUUGGAGCAGAUGAUGAGCAGCGAGUGGCUGGAGAACAUCGACUUUCCCAAAGCCAUGGAGCCGUUUAGGCUGGACCCGCUGUACCUGGCGGAGGUGGAGGAUCUGGAGGAAGACGAGUGUGAAGUGAAGAACAGCCUGCAGGCGCUCGGCAUCACCGCCGAGCACAUCCGCAACAACCAGGGCAAAGACUGCAGGAGCUCUGUCACCGGCGUCUACCGGAUCCUGCUGCAUCGCGCGCAUCGACGGCGCGCCUUGGAGAGCAUGCCGCUCGUCACGCACAACGCCAACGAGACUAACGAGACUAAAAAGGAAUGGUUAAAGAACUACAGGAGCCUCAGACACACGUCCAAACUCUGUGCCAUUUUGUGACGUCCUGAAAUAAAUAAACACUUGUUUUUUUACUUUAGAUCAACUUCAAAGCAAAUGAACUUUUAUUUUUAUAACAAUAAAACUGUUUGACACUCACUAAAGUUGCUAAGUAACAAGCAUUUCUGAACCAACAAAGAUAGAGCUUAAGUUCUAUUUUUAGCCAAUCACCAGCCACAAUAGUUUAUCUAAUGUUAGUAAGUUUGCUAGUAAACCUGGUUGGAGAUGUGAUAUCACAAAGCUACUGCUGGAGCGGUGAUGCUAAUGUUAGCAAAACUAGACAACUCCACAUUCACAUGCUGAUUAGUUCCAUUAUUAUUAUAUUUUGUAUAUGAUACGUUUAUAUGAAUAUUUAGUGGUUAGCAUUGUCGCCUUGCACCUCCAGGGUCUGGGUUCGAUUCACACUUCUGUGUGUACAUGGAGUUUGCAUGUUCUCCCUGUGCUUGGUGGGUUUCCUCCGGGUACUCCGGUUUCCUCCCACCGUCCAAAGACCUGCAGAAUAGGCUAAUUGCUAUUCCUAAAUUGCCCGUAGUGUUUAAAAGAGUGUGAGUGUGUGUGUGUGCGCACCCUCUGAUGGAUUGGCACCUGUCCAGGGUGUACCCCGCCUCGUGGGAUAGUCUCCUGGGAUAGGCUCCGCCCCCGUGACCCUCAGUACAGCAGUAUCUCCAGUGAGAGAGAACGUUUUCAGUUUAAAAAACAACCACAGCGCCAGGCUACAGUUAAUCAGCUGACUAAGCAGUUAGCUAACGUUACCAACAACAACAACAACCUCACAGCAGUAUGAGCUUUGUAAUUAUUAGCUGACAAAUUUCACUAGCAAGCUAGCUAAUAUCAGAGUAACAGUUAUACUAUGUAAGUUAAAGCAGUAGCUGUGUUUGUUCGCAAGCUAGCAAGCAUUAGCUAAACGGCUGUAUUAGCAAAGGCUGAACUGGAUGUGUUAAAAAAAAUCUUUCUUGACUGCUGUGAGAAAUUUCUAUUGUUUUAAAGCAAUUUAUAGUCUGUUGACUAUUUUUUAAUUAUUAACUACAGAAUGCUAAACAUUUCAGAAGAACAUGAUGUAAUUCAUCAACUACACUUCGAACAAUUCCUCAUGGUUAUUUUAAUGGUAUUUUAACAAUGUUUUUUUAUAUUAUUGUAUAUAUUUUUUUAAUGAUCUGAAUUGGACAGUUACAGAAUAUUAGCUGGUUUUACUUUCAGCUACACAUCAGGUGUACUUUAGCUAAUCUUUAUUUUGAUUAGCAUUAGAGGGGACAGCUAAUGUUGUUUAUAUGUUGAAUACC